UUUCUUCUUCAUGCACAUUCUGUUUAUUGUCGCCAGUUGGUAGAAGGUACUGGUCACGUGAUAAUACGGAAGACGGCGUCUUGCAACGGGGGUCGUACGUUUCUGAGAAUAGCAGCCUUCAUGAUUCUCCACACUUUAUAUGUCAGCUUAUCAAUUAUGCGUGGUUUUGAAAUCGUUCGAAUGAUGAGCGCGCUCGGGCGAAAAGUCCGCGAGCCUCAAGAUCAAACAGUUUCAGUAUCUUGGCGCUAGUGAAUUCUUCCACCACUCAUCCAUGUCCACCUAGGACAACAGAAAGCAUCAAAAUGGCUAUCUUGUCUUGCUCUUCGCAAUCAUUGGUCUCGACAUUGCUUCAAAACUGCCAUUUUGCGCAUUCGCAGCCCCGUAUUCAUCGUUGACUUUAGAUCUUGGAGGGCGACAUGUCUUUGCAAAGCUACGGUCUGCAAUUAUUGUCGUCUUUGUCACAAGCAGGCCUCGUACCAGGAUCCUCACCACUGAUACCCGAUGAUUUUGUCCCUGUAGCAAAAUUAACAGUCACUUAUGGGACUAAAGACGUUUUUGCUGGCAAGUUCUUCCGUGCAAGUGAAUGCAAGAUUGAGCCUACGAUCACGAUCCAAACAGAUACAGAGUUAGAAUCCGCAAGUUACACACUGCUGCUUAUAGAUCCAGAUGCGCCAACACCGGAUGACCCGAAAUUCGCAUACUGGAGACAUUGGAUAUUGACGGGCUUGUCGCCGUCCAAGGGUGGAGCGACGACUGAGUCAAAGUCUGCUGUGACACCAUAUCUCGCUCCGGGGCCCAAGGACGAUUCGAGGCCACAUCGAUAUCUCUUCCUACUUUUUCGUGAACCCAGAGGAUAUGAUCUAACCACGAACGAUGUUGGUGGUGAAGAAUUCGUACAGCGGCGAUCCUUCAGAGUCGCAGACUUCGUGAAGAGUAAAGGUCUGGAGCUCGUUUCAUUGGACUGGAUGCUAUGUGCAGGAGAUGGCUGGGUUGAGUGAAAGGUCAAGCAUGCUAAUUAUUUUGUUUGAUAUGUCUCCAAGAAGCCUUCGCUACGAAGCAGCACGAAGUAGUCGAUACGAAAGUAUCACAGCGUCGUACAUUGAGAUUAAUAGCAUACAAUAUUAAAGUGCUGCAGCCGGCUGGUGGACAGUUAGGUGGUUCCUGGCGUCCUCUCCAGUCGUCCACUCCGACCGAACUUCCAUCACUCCUAACUCGAUGAUCGCUCCUGCUCGAUGAAGUUGUCCAGGGAGAUUCUACUUUAAAAGUACGAGAGAGCCAGGGAUAGAAUGUGUCAACACUGCACGUUUAUGUACCGGAAGCCCCAAUGAUCGCA